AUGCAGCUCAAAAGGUCACCAUCAUCUACUCCAACCUCCAUGAAACUCAAAAACAUGUUCCUAAACCUCAUCACGCACUCUCUUUACCGCCUUUUACGGUCGCUCUCUAGAGCAAAAUCGAUUCUUAUAGAGAUAUCUAAACACAACAAGAAGAGGUUAUUCAUGAUGAUGUUUUACCUAAAAACUUCAUCUAUUCACCAACGCAAGGUCUUCUUCGGAUCCUCCUCCACCCAUGUUGUCCCUGUAACUAAGCCUUUCUCUAUCUCAUUUCAUGCGGAUGAAGAUGAGGAUGGUCAUGAGUCUGAGUACUUCCAGUGGCUAGAAGAGGAGGAGGUUGAUGAGACUUAUAAUAUAAAUGAUGAUCAUAAUGUUGGCGAUGUUGAUAUUGAUCGUUUGGCUGAUAUGUUCAUUGCGAGCUGCCAUGAGAAGUUCUUGCUGGAGAAGGUUGAGUCUUAUAGGAGAUACCAAGAAAUGUUGGAGAGGAGUUUGUGA